AGCUUGCAAGGCUUCCCACACAGCACCACACUUUCACUUCUCUGAACCCCCACAGCUCACCAAGCUGUCUUGAUUCCAUUGCGCCCAAACAUGCAGGCGAAGCACCUCUUCGCCUUGGUCGGCCUUUGUGCCGCCCCGGCUGUCGCACAGUCGGGGUCGCUGCUCACCGUGCUCCAAGAAAACGGAUUCACCAAGUACGCCGAGCGGCUUCAGACCCUGAACUCCCCGGCCUUGACCGCCGGGCCCAACGUUGUCGUCUACGUCCCGACCAACGCCGCCAUAACCAACAACGGAAACUCCACCAUCGCCCGCCGCGGAUCGGACGAGGAUGACCGGGCCGGGGCGUUGUACAGCGUAAAUGCGAUUGCCCCAAGACGGAUCAGGAACUCUACCACCGGCACGAAGAAGGUGUUGGCGAGGGAUCUGGGGUGCACUCCCGGGCUUGUGUACGAGUCCUGGCUCAACGACCCGGCGUUCGUGAAUCUUGGCCCCGGACGCAACCAAACCGUCGUCGAAAAGCACAUCUCCUUGGCCGCGCAGCCCCUCGUCUUCACGGGUCUGGGGGCGAGCGUCAAAGUGACAGGUGACGACAUUCCCUUCAGCGGGGGCGUUAUCCGCCCCAUUUCGGGCACCCUCACCCUGCCACGGAAGGUAUCGGAAACCCUUCCGAUUCUGGGCGCCGACAGGUUUCUGGCCUUACUCCAAAGCUCAGGCGUUCUCGGCGAGGUUGACAACCGGGCCAGUAUCACGGUCUUUGCGCCUUCCAACUCUGCCGUCCGCAAGGCCGGCACCCUGACGGCCGCCCAGCUGAGGCAGCACAUUUUGGUGGACUUUCCGGCAUACACAACAUGGAUUGCGAAUGGCGACGUCUUCCCCACCCUCGGUGGAGGAUCCGUUACCGCCUCCGUGCAGGACGGCAUCAUCAGUAUUAACGGCGCCAAGAUUAUGGCGAGCGACGCUAUCGUUACAAACGGAGUCGUCCAUACCGUUGAUAAGGUGCUGACUGCUUCGACACCGACAACCACAACCUCGCCAUCGACGGUGCCCACUUCGGCCGCCGGCACGGCUAAGCCGCUGCCGUGGCAGCAUCUGGCCCUCGCGUUUAUUGCCAUUGCGGUGGCUGCCGCGACUGGCCGCGGCCACUAGCAUGCUGCGUUGAGGGGCAUGCUCUGGGAAGACGGCUUCGGGUGAUGGGUAACACUGCGGAGUCGCGACUUAAUUUCCUAAUUCAUUGUUUGGUCCGAC